UGGCAUAGCACUUCCCACCUGUCGAAACUUGGGUGAAACACAUCAAACUCUAAAUUAGCCUUGGCCACAUGAUGUGGGUGCUUUGGUUUGAACCACACCACCGAGCAGUGUUUCGGAGUAUCUGGAUUCAAAUAUUCUUAUCGAAAGUUCCGAACUGAAGGUAGGAACAGACUUUUCUUGUGAAGCUGAACACAAGAGUAAACACGGACCGCGUUUGUGACGGACAACAACAGAACAGCUAGCUGCGUGUUAGAUACCUCUCAUAAGUUCUUAAAAUUCGGCAUUUAAAUCGAUUGUCAUCAGAACCCGUGUGGUGUAAGAGCCUCAGCAGACGGAUAAAUGUCUGAUUCGUCAGAACUUCCUAAAUCAGAAAAAGAGGAGGAGGUCACUCCCGAACCAGAGGAACAAUCCGACGACAGCAGUGAAGACGAGGCUGCAGGAGACACAGACAUGGACUUCCUGCGCAACCUCUUCUCCAGCGCGCUGGGCCUCGGUUCAGCUGAGAAAGUCCUGGAUGAGCUGACUCUGGAUGGAGUGGCACGAUACAUAAACAGCGGCAAAUGUAAAAACAUCAUCUGCAUGGUUGGAGCAGGAAUAUCCACAUCUGCUGGAAUCCCAGAUUUUCGCUCUCCAGGAACUGGCCUGUACGCAAACCUGCAAAAAUACAACUUGCCUUACCCAGAGGCUAUUUUCCAGAUAGAUUACUUUAAGAAACAUCCAGAGCCAUUCUUUGCCUUGGCAAGGGAGCUUUACCCAGGACAGUUUAAGCCAACAAUCUGUCACUAUUUCAUGAAGAUGUUGAAAGACAAAGGCAUCCUGAGACGCUGCUACACACAGAAUAUCGACACGCUGGAGCGAGUAGCCGGGCUCGAAGGAGAUGACCUAAUCGAAGCUCACGGGACGUUCUACACGUCACACUGUGUCAGCUUCUGCUGCCGGAAGGAGUACAGCCUGGAGUGGAUGAAAGAGAAAAUCUUUUCUGACGACAUUCCCAAAUGUGACAAGUGCAGCAGUUUGGUUAAACCAGAUAUUGUCUUCUUUGGAGAGAACCUACCUGCCAGAUUCUUCACUUCAAUGAAGAUGGAUUUUCCUCGUUGCGACCUUCUCAUCGUUAUGGGGACGUCCCUUCAGGUCCAACCAUUUGCGAGUCUAGUCAGCAGGGUUUCAAAAAGUUGCCCCAGACUGCUCAUUAACAUGGAGAAAGCAGGGCAGGUUAAUCCCAUGAUGGGUUUGUUUGGUUUCGGAGAAGGGAUGGACUUUGACUCAGACAAGGCUUACAGAGAUGUCGCUCACAUUAGUACAUGUGAUGAUGGAUGUUUGGCUCUAGCUGAUCUUCUGGGAUGGAAGGCAGAGCUGGAAGAGCUGGUGAAGAAGGAGCACACCAAGAUCGACAGUCAGGAUGCAAAAGAGAAGGCCAGUGAAAACAAAGGAGCUACAGCCAAGGCGAGCUCUGCAUCAGCGCCACCAGAACCCAAAGCUGAGGAGUAA